AUGCCUGGGUCAGUUGUCCAGAUAGAAACACGCCCACUCUACAAUGGGAAUGAAGAGGCGCAAGGGGUAAAAAUACUUCAUCGCGUAUUUUGGAGUUUCAAUCCAUGCGUUAGGGCAUUCAGGCAUUGUAAGCCCCUAGUUCAGGUAGAUGGAACACACCUAUAUGAAAAGUACAAAGGUACACUUCUGGUAGCUGUUGCACAAGAUGGGAACCAAAACAUUGUGCCUAUCGCUUUUGCCUUGGUGGAAGGGGAGACAGCUGAUGCGUGGCACUUCUUUCUAAGGAAUCUGCGAAUGCAUGUUGUUAGAAAAGAUGGUGUGGGUAUCAUCUCGGACCGGCAUGAGUCAAUUCGAGUAGCAGUAAAUCGUUCCGGAGGUGAUUGGCAACCUCCAAGAGCAUGGUGGAUGUUUUGUAUAAGGCACAUCGGCAGCAACUUCCUACGAGCAUUCAAAGUCCCUCACUUGCAAAAGCUUGUGGUCAAUAUUGGGUAUUCAAGAACGGUGGAGGAGUAUAACAUCAACUAUAAGAGGUUGCAAGAGCGAGGCGAAGCAUAUACCAGGUGGUGCGAUGCCAUUGGACUUAGACAUUGGGUAUUGGCAUUCGACGAGGGACAUCGAUGGGGCCAUAUGACGACGAACCUUGUCGAGUGCAUUAACUCAGUGUUGAAGGGUGCCCGUAAUCUACCUGUGUUGGCGCUAGUCCGAGCAACGUAUUAUCGGUUAAAUGAACUUUUCACACGGAAGAGUGCUGAGUCUCACGAACGCAAACGUGCUGGAUAUACUUAUUCCGUAUUCGCACAACAGCGGAUAGAGGCAAGUAUGCAACAGGCUGGGAAUAUAGUUGUGCACCGUUUUGACAGACGGAAUGAAGUAUUUGAGGUGCGCGAAAUGAGUAGCGGAAAGGUAUUAGUCGUUGAUCUUGCACGACGUACGUGUGAUUGUGGGCACUUUCAGGUGGAACGAAUACCAUGUCGCCAUGUUAUUGCUUGCUGUGCUAACCAGCGGAUCGACUGGCACGUGUAUGUGCAUGACGUGUACAAGAUGACAGAAAUCCGUAAGGUAUAUAGAUUCGAGUUCUCACCGUUAGGUGAUGCCGAGACAUGGUCUGCGUAUGAGGGACCCACAUUGGUCGCUAAUCCCGCCUUGAGGCGAACGUCGAAAGGUCGCCCAAAAUUGACCAGAUACUUGAACGAAAUGGACUUACGCGACAUGCGUGGUCCUCGGAUAUGCCGUCUCUGUGGUGCUCAAGGACAUAGUCGGAGUCGAUGUCCUCAGCGUGCUGGAUCAAGUGGUGGGGGGGAAUGA